ACUGGACUGGUGCACUCACAUCGCUCCGAUGGUGAGAUUUGCAUUGUUUUGUAACGGAGACAUUGAUUGCUUCGUGAUGUGGUUUGUGGGAUUUUCGUGUUCAUGGUUGUUAGGUAGCAGUGGUUGUGUGCCAGUCAACUUAGUGGAGCUCAGAUCAUUUUGAAGGCUUCCUUUGAAGUAUUCUGAGGUCUGCGGUGAAGAGAUACCGAGGUUUUGGAGGCGAUGCCAAGGUACACGACGUCACAGACUUACACAGAUGGGAACACGCAGAUUGUGGCGCUACCGGAGCCAGGAAGUAGAGGGGAAGGGACAGGAAGUGGGUUAGGAGCGUUGAUAGCGGUACCAAGAGCUGAGGGUGGAAGCAAGGCAAUUGUUGAGUACAAAGCGGGGGAAGAGACAAUUAAGCCCCUUGAUGAUGAGGAUUUGGAGGUCAAGCUGCGGCGGAUCAGUGAGCAAGUGCCGGUUCGCAUUAGUAAUACCUCCGGGAGUUCUGCUGGAUCUGGGUCUGGCGAUUUUCAUCAGUACCGACAAAUGCGGAGGAGGGAGCAAGAUCGCCUAGCGCGUAUGGAAGUUGAUUAUCAGAAGAGAACUGCGGAGCGAGAGUUUCUUUUGCGGCGAGAAGAACGUUUACGUGCUGCCGAGGAGCGAACUGCGAAGAAGCGGGCGCUUCGCCAAAAGAAAAAAGAAAAGAAAAAGCUGAAGAAAUCUAGGCUCGGUCCAUCGUCUGCAGAGGGUCACGAUGGAACUCAAUCUGCCUCCCAAGCUGCAGACACCAAUCACUCAAACGACAUCAAAGAUGAAUCAGACGGAAGCGGCGGUUCAGACGACGAUGAUCUGAGCAAAGAACAGGAGAGGCUAGGAGCACCAAAAACACAACAUAUAUCUGAACGCACUACAUGAGCGGGUCUCUCCAGUUUUUAAACUAAUUUUGACGAAGAUCGUGCUGUAAAGAUAUAAGAGGAUCUUAUGAAAAACAUUAAAGCGUAAGGCAUUGUCAAUGGGAGGUUUUUCAUUUACGCCAUUGGUUUUGAGUAUUUACAGCGGUGAGUGUGGAGGAAAUUUUAAUGGAUGGAGUAAGUUUUGUCGACCGAGCACACUUACGAUGCCAAUGUAGCUACUCAAAAGUGUAUCAUAGAGCUAGUGACAGUGUUCUUGAACUUAAAAUUGUUAUGCUAUAAUCUCAGCUUUUUUGAUAAUCAAUUGAUAGUUGCAGGUGGAAAUUGACACUGUGCUAGUUGUACCUCCCAUUUGUAUAGCUUUUUCUCCAUUGUUGGUCCUCUUGUA